AUGACUACCCUAUCUAACCACCUUCAAACCCAACAACAAUCCCCCGCAACGCCAACAUACAUCCUCCGCGGCCAUGCAUCCCCAAUCCACGCCCUGCAUCUCUUCGCCAACAACCUCCGCCUCAUCUCCGGCGAUGCAGAAGGUUGGGUCAUCAUCUGGGAUAUGGUGAGUAAACGGCCAGUUGUCUCGUGGAAGGCUCAUGGGGGUGCUGUUUUGGAGGCGAAGGGGUUCGAGUUCGGCGGUAAUGGGACGGUCGUGUAUACUCAUGGACGAGAUCAUAAAUUACGAGUUUGGAGAUUUGGGAUGAAGGAUGAAGGGUUUCUUGAUAAGACUCUUCCGGUUGAUGUCAAGGAGGGAAAGGCCGCUCAGAACCAGCCGUGGAUGUUGCAUUCGCUUCCAGUAAAUGCGUUGAAUUUCUGUGCAUUCGAUAUGAUUUUUCUUGAGGCCCCUCAUCCUGGCAGUGAUGAGGAAGAGGAUACUCAGGCAUCGCCGGACAGUGCAUCCCAAGUACCGGUACUCUUCGCGGUCCCUAAUGCCCUUAACUCCGGUGCAAUUGACAUCUUCCACUUACCAUUGGAACGUCGAGUAUCGACCAUCCCGGCAGACCCAACCAUGAACACCGGCAUGGUCAUGGCCGUCCGUCUACUACUCUCCUCAUCUGGGGAGCUAUACGCCGCAUCCGCCUACGAAGACGGCCAAGUAAUGGUCUUUGUCCGACGUGGCCGGUUAACCGAACAAGAAAUCACAUCCAAUGCCAGCGGCAAGGGAACUGCUUGGAAAUGGGAGAAGCUUUAUGCGAGCAAGCCGCAUACACAACCAGUCCUGUCGAUCGAUGUCGCUCCGUCUAAAGAUUGCUUUUUUUCUUCUUCUGCCGAUUCAGUAUUAGUGAAACAUCCUAUUCCUAAUGCGAGUCUUAUGUGCGUGGGUCAUGCGGAGAAGGCUUUGAAAACGAUCAGCACGAAACAUUCUGGGCAGCAGGGCCUGCGUAUACGUUCAGAUGGGAAGAUCUUUGCGACUGCGGGGUGGGAUGCCAGGACUAGGGUGUAUUCGUGCAAGACGAUGAAGGAAUUGGCGGUGCUUAAGUGGCAUAAGGAUGGAUGUUAUGCUGUUGCGUUUGCGGAGGUUUUGGAGGAGGGUUGUACUGCGAAUGAUUCGUCUACGGCCGAUGCAGAGUCCAAAGCAUGGAAGGAUGGAGAUGAGAAAAAAACGCAACUUACGAAACGCAAUGAGGGAUCACUCGCAACAGUCCAACAUCAAAGAAGUCAAAAGGCACAGAAAACCCACUGGCUAGCUGCUGGCUCGAAAGAUGGAAAAAUUUCAUUAUGGGAUAUCUAUUGA